AAGUCUACUGUGACAUCAAGAUCAAGGUCAAGAUCGGUGACAAGUGUCAGGAGGGGGCGUCGUUCGUGGCGGUGUGGCGCGCAAUGUCUAUCUCGGACCCCCUCAUCAAGGAGCUCAAAGGGUAUAUUCUGGAGGCCACCAAAACCAGCCUUAGUGAUUCAGUGACUGACACUCAAUCAUUCCUGCUUCCUCUCUGUCAAUUACUGGAGACAAUUUUUCGGAAAGGACUCAACCACACAGUCCAUUCUGCUUUUGGCCUCACAAAGCGAGACUAUUGGUCAUGGGUUGAAAAAACAGCACAAGUGUCUGCUGCAGUUGAUAGCACCUACAGGCGGGUCGUGGAGGCAGUAGCAAGCAACCCGUGUGUGUCAACGCCUCAGGGCCGGGGAAGGCUGUACAUCAGACAUGGUCUAAAGAACAAAUGCCUUCAUGUACCAGUUGAAACCAUUGUGCGGAUGAAGUGUAAUGACGGUAUAUAUGAAGAAGACUCCAUAAUUGGGAAUGAAAUAUUGGGUGAGAUCUUCCUCAGUCUCUUGUAUCAGUGCUCACACAUCAAUUUUGACUUGAAGCUCGAGAAUGCCUCCUUUUUGGAUGAAACGUGGCAGCUUCCAAUCUACCAAGAGCAUGAACUUGUUCCCUGCAUGGACCUUGGAGUGUACCUUGGUCAUGUGAGCGGAAGAGCUGUGGUUGUGAAGGUUGAGGAAGGGAGUGUUGCAGCAGAAGAUAACAAAAUUGAGGUUGGUGAUGUCAUAGAUGAGGCUUUUGGGACAUGCAUCCAUGGUUGGCGCCGAGGCCGAGUGUCUUCCUUAUUGCGGCAAAAAAAAGGUCUUCCAGUGUCACUGAAGGUCAUUAAGGGCCACUACAGUAAUGGCAUGGUGUUCCCUGGGGUGGUGCCAUUACUACGGCGCCUCCACCUUGAUGUUGACAGCUUGGAGGAAAAAUUUAGAGAAACAGCUCUAAAUGAGAAUCAAGAAACAUCUCUCAUCAGUAAUCAUUUGGGAGGCCAUGUUGUGCAGUAUUGUGGGAACGUGUCAGUUGGAGUAUCAGGAGAUGUGGCACACAUUGAGCAUGCUAUCUCAGCAGUUUUAUGCCAGAAUAGAGAGCCAGUAACAGUCAGUCUUAUUACUGGAGAAAUUGGAGUCCAGGCUUUGCUGAAAUCUAAUAAAAAGAUGCUUCUCAGCCACAGCUACACUGAAAUCUCAUCAUGUGGACGUAGAAAUGAUUUGCCAGAAUACUUUGCAUACAUUGCUGGGGACACCAGUUGCACCAUAUCCCUUCACUUCACCUGCUAUGUCUUCAAGGCCAGCUCAGUAGAACAGUCAAAGGAGAUCUUACUAACAUUAGCUGAUGGCUUUCAUCGUACUCACUGGGCAGUAUAAUGGCAGCUCCAAGUAAGGAGGGUCAUUAAUAUAGUUUUAUUUUUAGUUGUAUUAAUGUAGUAUUUUUCUAAAUGGCACUUUAUAAGUAUGACUUAUAAUGUGGUGCCUUUUUACAACUAUCAAUACGUAUCAUGUAUAGCAGGAAGUAGUAUUGUAAGUGUUGAUCUUUCAUGUACACAAAAGUUUCAAACUUCUGAUUGUUGUAUAACUGACCUUUCUGGAUACCCAACUUUUUCUUUGUAAUGUCAAGGUCAGAUAAAUAUAAUUCAUUGGGACAGCUAGAGUAAUGCAUUCCAAACCUUUAUCCACCCCCCUUUAUGUUGCCUACUUUUUCUCUGCAGUUCUAUUACGGUAUGUAUUUUCAAACAUAGAUCGUCUUUGGUGAGACGAAUAUAUGAAGUAAGUGACUUCACCUUUCCUUGUCAACAACAAGGGUGUCCAUCAAUCAAAACUUUCUUUUCUUUGAUUCACAAAUCCCUGACCAUAUUAUAGUCAUCUUCAUUUUUAUCUCUUGGCUCACUUGACAGAUUCUACUGUAAUUAAUUGCAAAAUAACUCAAUUAUUGUUGAGUUUUCAAGGAAAAGUGAUGAAUUAGAAUUUGCAAAUAUUGGCAUUUACCAUUGUGGCCCCAACUGUCGCUGUUGCUGCUGUGGUGGCAGUGGGAGCUGUGUGGCAGUGUUGAUUGUAGUGCCACUUCUGCCCAGCCCUGUCUGCUUUCAUCACUCAUUAUGUAAAUAACACAAAAGUUUCAGUACGUAAUUCCAAAACUUUAAAGCAAGCAGCAAUAAGAAGGCCUUGCAAUUAUAAUAUUUGUUAAGCUUGUAUUAUAUGUUGCUUUUGCAGCCUCAUAUUUGCACAAUUGUUUUGAAUCACAGAUUUAGCACAAAUCAAUUAAUUACCAUAAAUCUGUGACAUGCUCAAGUAAAUUCCAGACAGUCUGCUCAGGUGCAUUCCUUCAUCAUUUUGUCUUCUCCCUUCAUAUUAUUCCUUUUUUUUUCACUUCAGAGCAAUGAUGGAGAAACAGUGCAAGAAAAUUUAUACCAGGGUGCUACUGUACAUAACUCUUGAGUGGUGAACAAUGACAAUGUUUCAGAAUCCAGAUGAUAUGAGGACCAAUGGCACCAUUCUUCAGUAUUUACUCUUUGACAAUGUUCAUUGCUGUGCACUAAUCUGGAAUCUAUAAGGUUAGGUAUGUUUGCAAGGUACUAUAAGGAAUUGAUGGCACAAGAUAAUGGUUGCAUAUGUUGUUUUCAUAAAUCCAGAUAAUUUUCCUGUUUUAAUGUUAAGGAGAAUCCAGUCUACAUAAUCUGCUUCCUAAUACAGAUUAUGAUCAGGGAACUAAAAAGAAGAGGCUUACAUAUUUUUACAGUGUGCAUCUUUUAAUAAACUUGUUGUUAAUGUAACUUUCAUGUGCUGUGCUACUAAUUAAUUAAAGUUAAGAGUCAAAUG